UAAUAGUCCGCUCCGCGAAGUAGAUCCAUCAUCCAAAGACCGAGACUGAAAGAGAGAAAUGGCUGAUGAAGAGAGCCAUUUGACGCAGAAAAUCGCCAAAAUCCUCGACGAAGCCUCUGCCUCCAGCGCAAACCACAACCGCAAACUCAAGGACCUCUCAUCCCUUCGUUCUAAGGCGACAACCUCUUCCUUCUUCGUUCCAUUCUCCAAAACCCUAAUUCCCCUCUUCGCCUUCCAGAGGCGAGCGCCCUCCGCCGAGCGUGUUGUCCGCUUUGUCUCGGCCUUCGCAACCUACAGAGAUCCCAACCACAAUUCAGAGUGCGAUGCCUUCUUGGAGGGCUUUCUUAGGUUCCUCCUCGUUGGCAGUGCUGCUGCCAACAAGACGCCCAGGUUCCGUGCCUGCCAGAUUUUUUCUGAGAUUAUCAUGAGGUUACCAGAUGAUGCAGAAGUAGCUAGCGAGCUAUGGGAUGAGGUAAUAGAAUGCUUGAAGCUCCGGGUGGUGGACAAGGUUCCUGUGAUUCGUACUUAUGCAGUUCGGGCUCUCUCUCGAUUUGCAAUUGAUUGUGAGAACAGUGAUGUCCUUGAUUUAUUUCUAGAGGUGCUUCCUCUGGAACAAAGUGCGGAGGUGCGUAAGACUAUACUGCUAUCUCUACCUCCUUCCAAUGCUACUUCACAAGCAAUUAUUGAAUGUACAAUGGAUGUUAGUGAAUCAGUACGCAAAGCUGCUUACUAUGUUCUGGCUGAUAAAUUUCCUCUUCAAAGCCUCAGCAUCAAGCUCAGAACAGUUAUUCUUCGGAGAGGACUUGCAGAUCGUUCUACUGCUGUUUUAAAGGAGUGUCUUAGAUUGAUGACAGAUGAGUGGCUUAAUAAAUGCUGCAAUGGAAACCCUGUACAGUUUCUCAAGUAUCUUGACGUUGAAACAUAUGAAUUGGUUGGCGAGUCUGUGAUGCAGGCAUUGUUAGAAGCUGGCUUAAUUCAAGUACAUAAUUCUGAAAGUAUCCAACAAUACAUAUUAUCACACAGUGAGACUGGUGAAGAUGCUGAGGAUUCCACCCCAAACAUUGAAUUGAUGGAAGCAGAAGAUGCUCUUUAUUGGAAGAUGGUAUGUAGGCACUUGCAGAGAGAAGCACAGGCAAAAGGUUCAGAUGCUGCCUCUACUAUGGGAACUGAAGCUGCAGUGUAUGCUGAAGAGGCUUCAAAGAAUAAUGACCUUCUUGAGAGGAUUUUACCUGCAACUGUCUCUGACUACAUAGAACUAGUCAAAGCUCAUAUGAAUGCUGGACCAAAUUAUCGGUUUACAUCUCGACAGCUUGUAUUGCUUGGUGCAAUGCUUGAUUUUUCUGAUUCUACAAACAGGAAGGUGGCUAGUGAAUUUGUGAUGGAACUCUUGCACAAGCCUUUUGACCAUGAAAAAGAUGAUGAUGGGAACACUGUUGUUCUCGGAGAUGGAAUAAAUCUUGGAGGAGAUAGAGAUUGGGCUGAUGCAGUGUCUGGAUUGGCAAGGAAGGUGCAUGCAGCAAGUGGUGAAUUUGAAGAAGUUGUCCUUAGGGUUAUAGAAGAGCUAGUUCAGCCUUGCAGGGAGCGAACAGCAAAUUUUAUGCAGUGGAUGCACUCCCUUGCUGUGAUUGGCCUUCUCUUAGAGAAUACAAAAUCCUUGCGUUGGAUUCAAGGGAAAGCUAUUGAACCGACUGAACUACUGCAAUCUAUAUUGCUUCCUGGGGCGAAACAUGUGCAUUUAGAUGUCCAGAGGAUUUCCAUCAGGUGUAUUGCACUUUUUGGGUUGUUAGAGAAGAAGCCGAGCAAAGAAGUAGUUAGGCAGUUAAGGCUAUCAUUUGUUAAGGGCCCAACUCCGAUUAGCAUAAUGGCCAGUAAGGCAUUGAUUGAUCUUGGGAUGUGGCAUAAUCCUGAGGAAGUUGAUAGUGCUUUGGGACUGGAUCUUUUAUCAAACUGUCAAGAGAAUGAGGUUUCAUCGAGUCCGAUAACAUUUUUUGAUGAGGAAGGAAGCUUGAAUAUUAAACUACUUGAUCUCUUAUAUGCUGGACUUGUUAAAGAUGAUUGGGGUGAUUUUCUAGCAAGUGACGAGAACGAGUCAGUUCAGACUGUUCUCGGAGAGGGAUUUGCGAAGAUUCUUCUUUUGAGUGAGAGCUACCCAAGCAUUCCUACUUCUUUACAUCCCUUGCUGUUAACCAAGCUUAUUAGCUUGUAUUUUAGCAGUGAAACCAAAGACUUGCAACGGUUGAAACAGUGUCUAUCUGUGUUUUUUGAGCAUUACCCUUCCCUCUCAGCUAAUCACAAGAAGUAUUUAUCCAAGGCUUUUGUUCCAGUCAUGCGCUCUAUGUGGCCAGGCAUUGAUGGAAGUGCUGGAGCUUCUACCAUUGCUGUGUCUAAUAUGCGCAAGCGUGCUGUCCAAGCAUCACGAUUUAUGUUGCAGCUGAUGCAGGCUCCUCUUUAUAGAAAGGAUAAUGAAACAGAGGAUGUAAAUGGUAGUAGGGAUCUCCCAGAUGUUCGAGAUGGUGUGGAACCUCUACUCGAGUGUGGUGAGGAGGGGCUCGCAAUACGCAUAGCCAUAGAGGUGGCAAACUUCCCCAAAAAGAAGACCUCUGCAGAAAGGGCGUAUAUAUCAGCUAUAUGUAAAGUACUUGUUCUGCUUCAUUUCCGCUCAUCUGAACAAGUUGCAAUUAAGUUAAUGAGGAGGCUUUUAGCUUCCUUUGUGGCAUCUGUAUCAACAGAGAGGGAUCUUGUUAAGGAGUUAAAACGGAUGACUGAUCAUCUUAGUGCAGUUGAUAGACAUCCAGAUGAGCAACUCCUGCAAGACCAAGCUAAUCUUAUAUUUGGGAGGUUAGAAGUAGACUUCAAUUUGGAUCCCACAGGUUCAGUUGAUUUGGUGCAAACACCAGCUCCUCGGUCUACUAAGCCAACACGAGCCAAGAGACGAGUGAGGCAGCAAGAGACAUCUUCUGAUGAAGAAGAAAGUUCACCCACCUCCGUUGUUCCUACAGCUAAUGGCACAGUAAGCAGGUACUCUGAAAGGGCAAGUAAGACCGCGGCACUAACAAAGAUUACUGCCAGCAGAGUCCCCAGGGUGGCUGAAGAUGAGAUUGCAGAGGAAGAAGAAUCUGAUGUGACAUCUGAUGAGACUUCAGAUGAAUCUGAUCAGCUCAGUGAAUAAGCCUUGGUAUUUGUUCUUUUGGACAUUCCUUCAGACUGUUGUAUGUUUGUAAUUGUGGUUCUGUAUGUAUGCGCAAAAUGGAAUUCUCUAACAUGAAUGUUACUUUGGAGUGGGACUACUAAUGGUUGAUUUUUAGCUGAAUGUUACAAGCUGUGAUUUUUUUCA